AUGGCAACAGCAGCAGCAGCAGCAGCACAGCAGCAGCAGCAGCAGCAGGUAGUUGUUUGUGUGCUGCAGUUGCUGCCUGAUCCUGAGACGCUGGCGAAGGUGGCUGCAUAUCCCCGCGAGCGGCAAGUAGACUUAAUAGUUCGGCUGCUGCAGAAGCCUCGAGGAGCUCAAGUGGUGCAGCAGCUGCAGAUGGCUGGGCAUGUUGCUGCUGAUGUGUGUGCUGAGGCCCUGGCGAGCUGCAGCAGCAGCGCUCAGCAGCAGCAGCAGCAACAACAACAGCAGCAGCAGCACCAACAGUUAAGACAGCGGCCGAUGCAGCAGCAGCAGAUGCACACCCAGUUCCAGCAGCCGCAGCAGCAGCAGCAGCAGUAUCAGCAGCAGCCGCUCGCCCCACAGGCCUCCAGUCUCCAGGGCCCUCCUAUCAAGCGACUCCGCUUAGGCGACAGCAGCAGCAGCAGCAACAGCAGCAGCAGCAGCAGCAGCAUCAGCAGCAGCAGCAACAGCAGCUAUUUGAUUCGAGCAGACUACAGCACAGAAGGAGAGCGUAGAUCCUUUCGGCCGCAGCUGCUGCGUCAGCGUCCUAAGUUUAUGAGUGUAAUAAGGAGACACUUACCUCUAGCUGGGGGAGAGCAGCAGCAGCAGCAGCAGCAGCAGCAGAGAAGGAGAUGGGCUUGGGUUUUAAACAGCUCUGCUACCCAGGUGGUGCUGCAUGAGCAGCAAGUCCGUCAGCUGCUGCAGCAAGAGCUGCAGCAGCAGCACAUUAUGAGGCCUGUUUCCGCUUCUUUGGCUCAGCAGCAGCAGCAGCAGCAGCAACAGCAGCAGCUGCUGCAGCUCGUUCAGGAGGAAGAGGAGCAGCAGCAGAAUGUCUUGCGGCUCUACCUGCAGCGGCGACUGCAGCAAAUACUUCGACAAGCCACCACACGGCAUGGGGUGUCUCUUGUUGCUGCUGAUGAAGCAGCAAUAGUGGAUAGGCUGCUUAGUGCAAUGCAGCUCAGACUCACGUUGUUGGCUCCUUGUCUUGAGGCGAUAUCACAAUACCGGGUUGAUAGGAUGUUCUCUCGCUUAAUGAGCAGUAGCAGCAGCGAAGCAGCAGACGCAGAAGGCCUGGGAGGCACUGCCGUUAGUGGAGACUGGGGGGAUGCAGCAGCAGCAGCAGCAGCAGCAGGGGCAUCGACUGCACAGAAGAAGCAGCAGCAGCAUGUGCUGGGGCUGAAGCCGCAGCUGAGUUUUUCAGUAUUAGGUGAAUUAUUUUUGAGGAGGGAGAACGACCAGCAGGUGGCUGAGAGACUCCACCGCCUUAAUGAGGGCCGCCGCCGCGUGAAGCAUCGCCUUAAGGCGCGAGGGGCAAUGGGGGGCCCACAGACAUCAAAGGCAGAGGAGGGGGACGCUGCUGCUAGCGUUGUGGGAUCUUCUGCAGCAGCUGCUACAGCAUCAGCAGAUUCUGCUGCUGCCAGCAGCAGCAGGGCAGCAGCAGGACUCCCUGAAGAGCAGCAGCAGCAGCGGCAGCAACGACCAGAAGAAGUUGCGCUUGAGAAGGCUCAGGAGUUUGCAGAGGUCGCUCACAGCCAGCGGCUGCUGCUGCUGCGGCUGACUGCUUUAGAUUUGAGGGCUUUGCUGCAGCUCUCUGCAACGGAGUGCCUCGUUCCUCUCUCCUUCAGGAACCGUCUGCUGCAGUUCUUGGAGCUGCUGCACUUCGACUUGCAAGCGGAGCCCCCGCGGCUUCCUCCUGCUGCUGUGCGUCUGGCUGCUGCACCUGCAUCUUCGUUGAUGCAGCAGCAGCAGCAGCAACAACAACAGCAGCAGCAGCAGCAGCAGCAGCAGCACGGCCAGUACCAGCAGCAGCACCAACACAUGCAGCAGCAGCACAACGCUGCUACUGCAGCGGUGAACAGGCAGCACAUGAUGGCUCACGCAGCAAACACUGCAGCAACCGGUGCUGCUGGUGCUGCUGCUGCUGCUGGGGGUUCGCUUGCACCCACAGCAACAGCAGCAAAUCUUGCUGCUGCAGCGGCUGCUCAAGCAGCUGCAGACGGUUCGAGCCGAGGCCACGAUGCUGCUGUUGCAGGAAGUGCUGCAGCAGGAGCAUCCGCAUCAGCCGGAGGACCCUCAGCAGCAGCAGCAGCAGCAGGAGCUUCACAGGCAACGCCUGGGGCAGCUUCAGGAGGAUCUCAGGCUGCUGACAACAGAAGACGAGGAGGGGGUGUCGCGACAAAAAAUAGAAAUAGAAAGAAAGCUGCUGCUGCUGCUGCUGUUGCUGCAAUCGUGCUGGAAGCAGAAGACAAGAAGCGCGCUGCGCUGCUGCAGCAGCAGCAAGAGAUGUACAUGCAGCAGCACGGAGUUGCUGCUCCUUAUCAUGAGCCGCUGUUUGGACAGCAAGGCGGUACUCAGACGCAGGAGCAGCUGCUGCAGCAGCAGCAGCAGCAGCAGGAGCAGCUACACCAGCUGCAGCAGCACUUGUUGAGGGGCUCAAGCGCCAGUGUACACGCGCUGCAGCAGCACCAGCUGCAGCAGCAGCGAACUGCGGAGGAGGUGCAGCGUCAUCGUGCUGCUGCUGCUGCUGCUUCGGCUGCUACCGCUGCUGCUGCUGCUGUUGCUGCUGGCAUGCACACCCCUGGGCGCCCUGGGCAGCAGCAGCAGCCGCCGCAAAUAGCAGCAGCAGCAGCAGCAGCAGACAAACGACAGCAAGGUGCUUUGCCUCGCUUUGGAGACUCUCUUGCUGCAGCAGGUCGCACAUCGGAGCUGCUAAUCCCAGAGGUAGAGGAGGAGGACUUCUUGUAA